AUGGGUAUCAAAAACCUUUACCAAGUUAUCAAGGAGAACUGUCCCGACGCGAUCAAAGAAGGCGAGAUCAAGAACCAAUUCGGCCGUAAAGUCGCCAUCGAUGCAUCUAUGUCACUAUACUCCUUCCUCGUCGCAGUCCGAAGCGGUGGCGAGCAGCUCAUGAACGAAUCGGGCGAGACAACAUCACAUCUCAUGGGCAUGUUCUACCGCACAUUACGAAUCGUAGAUAAUGGCAUCAAGCCUGUCUAUGUUUUCGACGGGGCUCCGCCAAAGCUCAAAUCUGGCGAGCUGGCUAAGCGAUUCCAGCGCAAAUCGGAAGCACAAGAGGCGCACGAGGAUGCGAAGGAAAUUGGCACAGCAGAGGAAGUCGAGAAAUUCAGUCGGAGAACGGUCCGAGUGACGAGAGAGCACAAUCAAGAGGCACAGAGACUGCUGAAGCUCAUGGGUGUGCCGUAUAUCAUUGCGCCAACGGAAGCCGAGGCACAGUGUGCAGUGAUCGCACGAGCUGGAAAAGUGUACGCAGCUGCGAGCGAGGAUAUGGAUACGCUGACAUUCGCUUCGCCGGUCUUGCUGCGAAAGCUAACAUUCUCCGAGCAGAGGAAAGAGCCCAUUCAGGAAAUCCAUCUUGACCGCGUGCUUGAAGGCUUGGACAUGGACCAGAACCAAUUCAUCGAUCUGUGCAUUCUACUGGGCUGCGAUUACCUGGAUCCGGUCAAGGGGAUCGGUCCAAAGAAUGCUCUUGCCCUCAUCAAGGAGCACAAGAACCUGGAAGGAGUGGUCGCAAUGAUCGAAAAGACUGGCAAAUACACGCUACCAGAGGACUGGCCGUAUCAAGAUGCCCGUGUGCUCUUCCAGGAGCCAGAUGUCCGUCAAGCAGACCAUCCCGAAUGCGACUUCAAGUGGGAGAACCCAGACGUUGAUGGACUAGUCAAAUUCUUGGUUGAGGAGAAGGGCUUCUCCGAAGACCGUGUACGAAGUGGUGCAGCACGCUUGCAGAAGAACCUCAAGUCGAGUCAGCAGUCCAGACUAGAGGGCUUCUUCAAGGCUGUACCCAAGACAGAAGAGGAGAAGGCGAGUCUGAAGAGGAAAAACGAGGAGAAGCUGGAGGCCAACAAGAAGAAGAAAAAGGAGGAGGCCAAGGCUAAGAAGGACGCAAAAGCGAAACCGAAGAUGAAUUCGUAA